AUGACAGUGAAUAAUGAUUCAUCAUCAUAUACAAAUGAUCCUGACAUAUCUGUAGAAGCAAAUCCUUCUUUAAUUUUUGCCUCAAUAUGGAUUUUACGUUUGGCAUGUGCAUCUAUUGCAUUUUUAUGUCCAUGGGCAAAUUAUAAAUUGAUAAAAUUAUUUCAAACACGUCGAUUUUAUAAAGAAUCAUCAGCUAAAUGGUAUAUAAUAUUCAAAGGUGUAUUCGAUAUUACAUAUAUAUCGAUAACAGUUCCAAUUAUAAUUUGUCUUACAUAUGAUAUUGAUUUAAUUCAUCGAAAUAUUCUAACAUGUAAAUUAAUAACAUAUGCACACUAUUUAUGUGAUGAUUUAAUAUCAAUGUUACUUACAUUAUUAUGUUUUGAUCGUAUGUUACGAAUAACAUGUGGUUAUCAUUUUCGUCAACGUUUUUCAUUAACUAUUUGUAUAAUAACAACAAUAUUUUUUACAAUUAUUCAUAUUCAUCAUUUAAUACGUUUACAACAUCGUAAUGGUUUUUGUCAUAAAAUAUAUUUAAGUAUAUGGAGUUAUGAUUUUGAUAUCUAUUAUUCAUUAGUAUAUACAUCAAUAACAUGGUCAAUUAUAUUUAUAUCAUUAAUAAAUUUAACAGUUAGUAUUUAUUGUGAUCGAGUAAGACGUUCAGAAUUAAAAAAACCAACACAACAACAAGAACAACAACUACAAAAAAUAAGUCAAAUUUUCUUAAAUGGUACUAAUUCAAGUGGAUUUAAUAAUGAUCAACUUGAAUUACUUGAUAAUACAGAUGAUAUCGAAUCUUCAAUAGAAUUAACUAUUGAACAAGAAAAUUCUAAUAAUGAAUCUUUUGAAAAAGAACAACAAGAUAAUAUUGAUUUACAAAUAACUGUAUGUGUUAUAAUAGUAUCGGCUAGUUUUCUGGCUUGUAAUUUACCAAAUUUUAUUAUAUUUAUUGUAAAAUUUAUUUAUGAAUCAACUUUUUCAACAAUUGGUCAUAUAUUUGUUUAUAUAUCAAUUUUUCCAUUAUUUAUUGCUCAUACAAUAAGUUAUUUUAUUUAUAAUCAUUUAGCUGCACGUCUUUUUCCUAAUAAUUCAUUUUAA